AACAACAAUAACAGCACAGAUAAUACAACAAAAUGCGGUUAUUUCCAGUUCGCUUGUCGAGCAUACCAAAAAUGCUCGACUUUUAUUCACAAUUCAAUCCAUCACCGCUCUCUAUAAAGCAAUUCAUUGACUUUGGUCAAAAUGCCUGCGAAAAGAAAUCAUUUAUAUUUUUGCGUAAAGAACUUCCGGUACGUUUGGCCAAUAUUAUGAAAGAAAUCGCUUUAUUACCUGAUAAUCUACUCAACACCUGUUCCGUAAGUCAAGUCAGUUCAUGGUAUAUGAAAAGUUUCGAAGAGGUAUUGGAAUUUGAAAAGGCCGAACCAACCUAUGACAAUUUACAAUCAUUCUGCAGCGCCUUGGAACACAUACGCAAUCGUCACAGUGAUGUUGUCCAAACAAUGGCCCAGGGUGUCAUUGAAAUGAAGGAAACCGAAAAUGGCAAUGUCGACUCAUCCAUGGAAACCUCAAUACAAUAUUUUUUGGAUCGCCUGUAUAUGUCACGUAUUAGCAUACGCAUGUUAAUCAAUCAACAUACCCUCCUUUUCGGCGAAUCAAUGGAGCGACAAGGCCGGCAUGUUGGUUGCUUAGAUCCUGCCUGUAAUAUAUCGGAUGUCGUUAAAGAUGCCUACGAAAAUGCACGUUUCCUUUGUGAUCAAUAUUAUUUGGUUAGUCCCGAACUACAAAUAGAACAACACAAUUCAAUGGAUGGUGAAACGCUGCCGAUACGAACAGUUUAUGUACCAUCUCAUCUAUAUCAUAUGCUAUUUGAAUUGUUUAAGAAUUCAAUGCGUGCUGUCGUUGAACAUCACGAUCAGGAUAAAUGUGAUACACUGCCACCGUUGAAGGUGUUAAUUGUGCGUGGCAAAGAAGAUAUUUGUGUUAAGAUCUCAGACCAAGGUGGCGGCAUUCCACGUUCCCAAACCGAUCAAUUGUUUAAGUAUAUGUACAGUACGGCUCCCCAACCUUCAAAAUCGGAUUUACAUACGGUUCCCUUGGCCGGUUAUGGCUAUGGUUUACCCAUAUCACGUUUAUAUGCCCGUUACUUCCAUGGCGAUAUUGUUUUGUUGUCAUGUGAAGGAUAUGGCACUGAUGCCAUUAUAUACUUGAAGGCUCUAUCUGACGAGGCUAAUGAAUUGCUGCCAAUUUUCAAUAAGACAAGUUCGAAAUUCUACAGAGCCACAGUGCCCACCGGUGAUUGGUCCAAUCAGAAUUCCGAUAUGAAUACCCGGCAAAUGAAUGCCACGGGACCGAAACGUAUCAAUGGAGCCAUUUAAGAUCUGGAGAAAUGAAGUCCAUGGCCAACAGGACACCGCCACAACAACA